AUGAAAAUGUUUUUUAUAAAUCGCUUUAUUCCACGUCAUUCGACCGCGUAUUUUGCAAAUAAAUUUGUCAAUUGGAUGUGUAGUGGGGCGGCACGCACUGCAAAAUCAACAUUUCGAGUUUGGCAGGUUUGCACCUCCUCCCUCCUCCUCAAGGAGCUAAAUUUCCAUGCAAUUAUUAUUUAGAAAAAAAGAAAAAAAAAACGCGUACCUUCAAUGACAUUCAGAAACGUUCGAUUUGCUUUGAGAUUGGUGAUGUUAGUUUGUUUCGCUUAGAUACAUUAUUGAAGGAGAUCUGUUUAUUGUCUAAUGUUAUGCAUCCCCAUUAAGUUGGUAAGCGCUCCACUUCUCUGCCUGAAAUGAUCGGACGGCCAGAAAAAAACCAAUGGCACGCCGAAUUACCACCGUCCAUGCGAUGCGAUGCGAUGCGAUGCGAUGCGAUGCUUCUUGCUGCCAUGUCAGUUUAUGACAACUACGAACACCAUGCUCCCCGCUAAGCGAAGCACCGUGACUCUACUGCGGUGAGCAUACCGCAACACCCUUCUAUGUUCUCCCACGCGAACAGCGAUGGAAAGUGAGGAACAGAGCGAGGCCUUCCUAUAACGUGCUAACUGAACCUUCCGAUCUCCACUCUCUCUCUUCUCCAAAAUGACGUCAACACCGCCGACGGCGGAAGCGGCAGCGCUGGUGGUGGCGCUGCUUCUGUGGCUGCUAAUGGUGGCUGCGGAUCCCCCUGACGAGUCAUGUCUCCUGAAUCUCCGGAACUCUCUAGAAGAUCCAGCGAAUAGCCUCCGGAACUGGACGAAAUUAACCUUCGCGUCUCCUUGCAACGGCUUCACCUCCUAUCUCGAGGGCGCUACCUGCAACAAUGGCAGAAUCUACAAGCUCUCCCUUCCUGGCCGAUCCCUCGGAGGCUCCAUCUCUCCCUUCCUUUCUAACUGUACCAACCUCCAAACCCUAGACCUCUCCUCUAACUCCCUCACCGGACCCAUCCCCGCCGAGCUCUCCUCCCUUCUAAACCUCGCCGUUCUCAACCUCAGCUCCAACCUUCUCUCUGGCCAAAUCCCCCCUCAGCUCGCCUUCUGCGCUUACCUCAACGUCAUUGAUCUCCAUUCCAAUGACCUUUCCGGCACUAUUCCCGACCAGCUCGGCCUGCUCGUUCGCCUCUCGGCUUUCGACGUCUCCUACAACCGCCUCGAG